AUGACGCUCAACGACUUCGAGGAAGGCGGCAACGGCGGCGACCGGUCGAAUUGCGACGGCAGGUUCCAGUGGUAUGCCAAGGACAGUUGCCUUUUCGAAGAACAUACAGAUCAGCGCGUCAGGGCAGAAACUGAGGAAUCGGUGGAUGGACAGACCACGAACUCGCUAGUUAGGGCGGGCCUCCUUGUGUUUGCUCUGGCGGGCCUCCUGCUCGUCACGUUCCCAGGCCUCCGCGUGGGCACCAAGUUCCAGCCGAGCGGCUCGCUGGAGUGGCCGAGCACGGGUCACGUGUGCGGGGAGUGCUGCAAGCCGGGGCACAUCUACCUGAGUCUGCUAGGUAUGCUCGCCGCUGGUCACUGGGACUUCGAAGCGAGCGGAGAUGGCAGCCACCCAUCGGAGUGCGACGGCAAGUACACAAUAACACACUGUGUCGUGGCCCUUUCCACUGGGUGGUACAACCACGGCAAGUACUGCCACAGGCACAUCCAGAUCAACGCCAAGGGAAGAUCCGUGCUCGAGGUCGUGGACAGGUGA